AUGUUUACAUUCAUUGUUGGUAUUGUAGUAAUAAUUGUUAUUUUGUAUUACAUUUAUAUGUAUUGCCGAGGAGGGGUAAAUAUUAAUUUUCCAGAUCUUACUGAUAAAGUAGUUGUAGUAACAGGAACAAAUAGAGGAAUUGGAUAUGAAACAAUUAGAGCAUUAGCCAAGUUAAAUGCUACAAUUAUAUGUUGUUGUAGACAUGAAGAAGCACAAAUUCGAGUAAAUAUGAUUAUUGGUAAAGAAACAAAAAAUAAUAAAUUAGAAUUUGUUAAAUGUGAUUUAAUGGACUUAAACUGUGUUAAGAAAGCAGCACAAUAUAUCAUUGAUAAAUAUCAUAAAGUUGAUAUUCUUAUUACUAAUGCUGGUAUUAUGUGUUGUCCUUAUACUCUUUCAAAGCAAAAUAUUGAAUGUCAAAUGGCUACAAAUCAUAUUGCACAUGCUGCUUUCAUUAAUUAUUUAAUUCCUGCAUUAAAAGAAUCAGAAAAACCAAGAGUUGUUGCUGUUUCUUCAUUAGCACAUUUAUUUACAACUAAUAAAUCAAUUGACCUUAUUGGUAAAAAAGAAGAUUAUCAACGUGCUUUUAGAUAUUUUGAAUCUAAAUUAGCUGUUGGAAUGUUUAUUCAUCAAUUUGCUAAAGAACAUCCAGAUAUUAUUGCUGUUCAUGUUCAUCCUGGACUUGUUUAUUCUAAUCUCUGGAGAUAUUGGUGUCCAUGGUUAAUGUGGUUUGUUUCACCAUUCUUUAAGAUUUUCUGGAAAACACCAGAAGAAGCAUGCCAAACUACUCUUCACUGUGCACUUGCUGAUGAUAUCCAAACAGGAGCAUAUUAUUCAGAUUGCAAAAUUGCUAAACAUAAUCCAAUUAUUGACGAUGGUAUUCUUUGUCAAAAGUUGUACAAAGAAACUCUUGAUUUGAUUGAGUCUAACACUCAAUAA